GAGGAGCAUCGGUGUCGUUGCCGUCCGGCUCUCACAUCAGAUGCCUGUUGUGAUGUCCAAAGCGUUUAAAUAAACAUUAGCCCCGUAGUUAAGUGAAAGUAUGAUUAAAAAAUCAAUCUGCAAAAAUAAUAACGAGCAGAAUAAAUUGUUUUGAAAUCGUGAGUACUGAAUAGUCGAGUUCUCCUGCGUCGAGCCACACUUCGAGGGUUCCUAUGCGGCAUUUGUUGACAGCUUGAGCCCUCAAUCCCUCAACAAUGGACCAAGACCCAAGUGCAUCAGACGUCCCCUCCGAGUCCACCCAGGGCAUCCCCGAGAUUUCUGCAUCUAGUCACGAGAAAGAGGAUUCACUAGGAGGAAAACCCACCGAUCCAAAAUCAGAUCCCAAGAGUCUUCCCCCUGCCUCAACCAGGCUGACUCCCACCCUGGAGGACCCCAUCGAGAGCAGCCUCGCCCAGGCAGACCCCCCAGGAGACGUGGUUGCUCCCCCAGAGACUGACGAGACUGCCCCAGAGAAUUCCCCCCCAGAAGAAGCCUCAGAGGAUCCCAGUGAUGCCCCAGAGGGCCCUUCAGAGGACUCCCCCCCAAAAGAACCAUCAGAAGGUCCCGGUGAGGCCCCAGAGGACUCUCCAGUACCUUCCCCUUCAAAAGAAGCCCCAGUAUCAGAGAAACCCUCUGAAACUCCAGAAGUUUUUCCAGCAGAAAGUGUUCCAGAAUCCUCAGAGAAAGCCUCUGAAUCCCCAGAAGGCACUCCAGCAGCCCCUCCAGCCCCAGAGGCCCCAGAAGCCUCUUCUCCAGGUGAGGGCACUCCAGAGCCCUCCGAAACAUCUCCAGAAAAAGAGGCGUCCACUGGAGCCCCAAAAAAACCAAAAACCCCAUCAAAGUCGUCAACCCCUGGAGACCCCAUCCCCAUCGUCGACAUCGACGCAGACGAGGCAGAAAAAUCCUCGAGUGCAUCCCCUGGAGCUCGAAAAUCCCCAGCCCCCAGUGAUGCACCUCUCGAAGAGUCUUCCAAAUCCCCGAAGCCCCAAGAAGACGACAAAAUAGAAUCAGUAACCCUGGACAGUGACCCUGAGAAGGAGGAGGACAAACACCAAGAGCCUGAGAAAACGGAAUUCGUACAGAUAACCCAGGACAAGCAGGACGACAACCACAUAGAGGGCCCGUCAAUCGAGGCUGAGGACCCCUUUGGUGGUGACAGCCUAGCUGCUGAUGGCGUUGAGCCCAUGGACACUGACGACAUCAACGAGAGAAACAUGAAUUUCUCGAAAUUGGGGGAUCAAGCUGACAAUCUCCAGGAUGCUGUCAAUGCAACGUCCUCGAAGGAGGCUGGAGCCACCGCGGAGGCCUCCGAGGCCUCGAAAAAGGCUCCGAACUCUGAGGAAGUUGAGGAAAUAACUGAAGUCCCUGCGGCGGAGACUCCAAAGCCCCAGGAUAAGCCUGACAAAGUGAGUCAGAAGAGCAAAGACUCUGAUGUGAUUGUGAUUCCCCUGGAGACAGACGAUCAGUCGACAGUUCUGCCAGGCCAGGACGACGAGCUGUGCAUCAUUCCUGACGACAUGAAGAUAAUUCUCCCUGGGAAGUCUGUCCCCCAGAAGGAGAAGUCCUCGGGGUUGACGAAGCCCUCGAAAGCCUCUGAGAAGCCCUCGUCGUCGUCGAAGAAGACGUCGACCCCUGCGGAUGAGUCUGAACCCUCGGACAAAUCAAAAUCCCCAGAGGAAGCUCCCUCGGAGAUCACGGACAACGUGAUUGACCUGGACGACGAGUCCAAGAACUCUGAGAUCGAGGAGAUUUCAACCCCUGCGAAACAGACGUGCAAGCAGUGCAAGGAGGUGAAGCCCUGUAAAAUUCGAGUGAAAAUUGGAACUGAGGAAUUUGGUGUCUGCUCCAAGAGAUGCCAGAACUCCUUCAUGGAGGCGUAUGGAAAGGCCACAGACAUUCCCUCUGAGGGGGCCAAUUCAAAAUACGAAAAACGCUGUGCAAGCUGUCUUCUAAUCGUGGAAACGAACGACGAGAGGAACCUCUCCUGGGAGACGAUGGAGUUCUGCAACGAAGAGUGCCUGGGGAAGUUCCAGACGAAGUAUGGGAGCUACUGCAGAAACUGCAAUGGCACUGUUCAGCCAAUUUCCCUGGGGAAGUACUGCGUUCGAUUUGGCUACGACGUUCGUCAGUUCUGCUGCUCGACGUGUCUGGAGGAGUUCAAGAAAGGUCUGAAGGUCUGCAGCUACUGCCAGAAGGACAUCAGCUCUGGUACCGACGGCUUCCUGGCCCCAGUGGGGGACAAGGGCCAGUUCAAGGACUUCUGCACUCAGCAGUGCAUGGAGAAGUACUCGAGGAUGAACUCGACCGAGCCAGUGCCCCCCGAGAGAAAAGCCUGCAGUGUCUGCCAGGAGGAGAAAAUUGUCUUCUGCGAGGUGCAGAUAGACAGGGGCCAGUCUCAAGCCAUCUGCAGUGAGCCCUGCUUCGCAGCCUUCAAAUUCGUCAACAAAGUCGAUCCCGAUCACUGCGCCACAUGCAAAAAAUACUUCCAAGUUGGCAACAAGAAGAGCACCGUUGUCUUCUACAACAACGAAGCCCACACCUUCUGCAACAAGAGUUGCCUCAACAUCUUUAUCAUCACCAACAGGAAGAUCGUCCCCUGCAACUGGUGCAAAGUCAAAAAAUACAACUUCGACAUGAUAAAGAAGGAGUUGAAGUCAGGGCAGGUCGUAAUGAUGUGCAGUCUCAACUGUCUCACCCUGUACCAGGUCUCCAUAAACGCUGUGUCAGCCAGGAGAAUUCGAUGCGACCUCUGCAAGGAGUUCUCCCAGGCGCAGUAUCACCUCACAAUGUCAGACGCAACAAUCCGGAACUUCUGCUCUUACAACUGCGUCAUGAAGUUCCAGGCUCAAUACACUAAAUCACCGAUAACAAUUCCCUCGGGUGAGGAUGCACCAGUGCCCACAGGAAUGCCCAAACGCACUUAUCCAGGAAAGGUCCAGCCCCAGGGGGCUGUCAAGAAGGUCACCGAGAUGAACAGCACUCUUCAGACCAUUCAAACCAAGAAAUCCCUCCCUGUGAUAUCGUCGGUAGCCAGUCUAGCGUCGUUACCAUCCAAUGGCCAGCCCGCAGUCACCCAGAAGGCCACCACAAACGUCGUGAGUCUCAACAAUGCGACAAUAACAAAUCCAACAGCUGUCCCAGGCACCCCCAUUCUCUUCAAGCAACAGGUGAUCACCAGACCCCCGAGUCCUGUACAGAUGCACAAUAAGAUGACCCAGUGCAAGCCUCUGAUGCACACCAAGGGGGUCUCAGUGAAGCCCCAUCCCUGCACUAAAUCAACUCAAACUGACGAGGUCCAGAAGGUCGUCAUUCCCAUUCCAGUUCCCAUUUACGUGCCCUUUCCAGUCCACAUGUUCAGCUUUCCCUUUCCGGUGCCCAUGCCCUUUCCCCUGCCAAUACCAGUGCCAGUCUUCAUUCCAACAACGAGAAAUAGCGCUAAAGGGAUCGCCAAGGAGAUCAAGAGGAUCCAGGAGAAAAUGCCUUCUGAUCCCUUCGAGGCUGAGCUCCUCAUGAUGGCGGAGAUGGUGGCCACUGAGAAGAAGAAGACAGAGAGUGACUCGGACUCGGAGGACAAUGGGAAUGACGAGGGGAGUGAGAGUGUUCAGGAAGACAAGCAGCAGGAUGCUGUUGAUGGGGGGAAUGCCUUCGGCGAGGAGAUGCUCCAGAUGGCGCUGAAGAUGGCCACUGGGGAGCUCGAGGAGCCUGCGGUGGACCUGGAGGCUGCUUUGACACCCAGCACUAUUGCUGCCACUCCCCAGGGCGAGGGGGAGGAGAACCAGAAUGUCGUGGAGAGGCAGACGCGAGGGAGGAAGAGAACUGUUUCUUACAAGGCGAAGGGGGCCACUAAUAAGAAGGGGAGGCGCUCCUCCAGCACUGGGGAGGUGCCUCUCAUGCCACCACCAGGAGCACAGACCCCACCGAAGGCGCUGGAACCCCUCGAGAAACCCGAUUCCAACAUGGCCCUCAAGUUCACUUUUGGGGUGAACGCCUGGAGGCAGUGGGUCGUGGGGAAAAACGUCGAGAUGGAGAAAAAUGCUGCGGGCAGGCCUGUCAAACCCUUCAAGACUGAUCUGCUUCAGCUCACUGCUGAUGAACUCAAUUAUUCACUCUGUCUCUUUGUGAAGGAAGUGAGGAAACCCAAUGGGGCUGAGUACGCACCUGACACUAUCUAUUAUCUGUGUCUUGGGAUUCAGCAGUAUCUCUUUGAGAAUAAUAGGAUUGAUAAUAUCUUUACGGAUACGUAUUACGAGAAAUUCACCGAUUGUCUCAAUGAGGUGGCCACCAAGUUCUCGGUUCUGUAUAAUGAUGCACAGUUCAUUGUUACGAGGGUCGAGGAAGAACAUCUGUGGGAGUGCAAACAGCUCGGGGCACACUCGCCGCAUGUCCUGUUGAGCACUCUCAUGUUUUUCAAUACGAAACAUUUCAAUUUAACGACCGUGGAGGAACACAUGCAGCUCUCGUUCUCCCACAUAAUGAAACAUUGGAAACGAAAUCCAGCUGCACAAGCUGCUGCUGGUACUGGCAAACCUCCUGGACCAAGGAAUGUACUUCUGAGAUUCUAUCCGCCUCAAGCUGCCUUAGAGGCAAAUUCGAGGAAAAAGAAAGUAUACGAACAGCAGGAGAAUGAGGAAAAUCCCCUGAGAUGUCCAGUUAAACUCUACGAAUUCUACCUCUCAAAAUGCCCAGAGAGUGUUAAAAGUCGUAACGACGUAUUCUACCUUCUUCCUGAACGCAGCUGUGUCCCAGAUAGCCCUGUGUGGUACUCAACUUCACCUCUCACCAAGGAUCAUCUCGUGAAGAUGCUGAAUCGCGUUAAAAUGGUCAAGGAGAUUAACGUCGCUCUCUGGAGCAGUUAAUGAGACUCAAUCGUGCUGCAAAACUCUUUCUCAUCCAGGGCGUUGUUAUUUGUAUCAAUAUGGGAGGUGGAAAUGAUCAGGGUGGCUGUAUGAUGCGCGUCCGGUAAUUAAGCAUUGAGUUCAGUUGAACGCAUGACAAGAGUCAAAAUUCAUUUGCCUCAUGAUUCAAAUUUUUUAUGUAUAAUUUUUAAUAAUUAAGUAAUAAAAUAACGAGAAGAUUUGUUUCAUAAUUUCUUGAUUAAAAUCAUUGUCAUCGGAUUCA